AUGCCGACCUUAAAUAUUGUUGUCCUCAAAUGCCAUCUCAUGCAUGGUAAUGUAUACACGGACCGGGGGGAUUUCGAUGCUAUAUUCCAGAGUUGGCUCUCUCUUGGUGCCGAAGCACUCAACCAGAAGCAUCGAGACCGAGAAUCCACUCAGGUGAAAGUUACCGGGUAUGAUGCAAUCAAGGAUCAGGUCUACCCCGACACUCUCGACGGCGUGGAUGCCAUUGUCAUCACCGGAGCUCCCUCAGCCGCCUUCAACGAUUUGCCUUGGAUCAACAAGCUACGGUCAUAUCUACAAGAUGUGUUCUCUAACCAUCCCAACAUAAAGCUGCUAGGAGGUUGCUUUGGUCACCAGAUUCUUUCCCAGGCCUUGCUAGGAGAUCGAGGCGUUCUGGUGGAAUUAUCUCCCAAAGGGUUCGAAGUCGGUGUUUGCAAAAUUCAACUUAUCCCUGAGUUUACUGGUCAUUUCUCAGGGCUUCUUGACGGUGUCGAAGAGAUGAGCUGCCAAAUGUUCCACUCCGAUCAUGUCAACCUGGGUUCAACCCCGCUACCCGCUCCCUGGAUCAACAUCGGGUCUAGCGAGCUGUGCGAUGUCCAGGGUCUCUACAACCCUGGCCGCGUGCUAACAUUCCAGGGACACCCAGAGUUUGACGCCUUCAUUGCCACGGAAUGUCUUGAUAUAUAUCGGGGAAAAUGGACGGAGAAGAUGAUCGCGGAUGCGAUAGUGCAGAUUGAGCAGGAUGACGACCGCAUUUUAGCAGCGCAAGUAGCUGUCGAGUUUUUGAGAAGAUGA